AUGUUCAAGCCGGCAGUCGCACGCGAUGCCAUCAAGGCCGCCCGUCCUGUAUUAGCAGCCGCCCGUCCAGCGAUGGGCCUCACACGUCCUCUCUCAUACACCGCCUCACUGGGAAAGAAGAAGAGCGAUGACCCUGCAAAAGACCCCAUCCUCUCUGCUACAAAUAAGGCUCCCGAGGGUGCUGCUAGUGAUAAGGAGGGCAGAUUUGCUCGCACUGAUGAAAGCGUACAAAUCGAAUACCCUCCCGACAACGAGAUGCCCACUCAGCCCGUGGCUCAGGGACGCGGUGGCAUGCAUUUCAAGCGUACUUUGGCCCAGUUCUCACUUGAGAAGAAAGUCAGCGUGGUGACUGGUGGUGCUCGUGGCUUGGGUCUAGUCAUGGGCCAAGGCCUCGUUGCUUCCGGCUCGGAUUUGGCCAUCAUUGAUCUUAAUAAGGACGAAGCCGAGGCCGCAGUUGCCUCAUUGAUCGAGCAGUUCCACAAGGAGAAUCCCGGUGUGGAAGAUAUGCCCAAGGUCACCGCCCAUUAUGCCGACGUCGCUAACCCCGACUCUGUGAGCAAUGCGAUGGCCGAAGUCCUGGCCAAGCACAGCAAGAUCGAUAACCUGGUCACGUCGGCCGGCUUCACCGAGAACUUCGAGGCCAUCAACUACCCCUUCGACCGUAUGCAGAAGCUGUGGGGUGUCAAUGUCGACGGCACAUACCUUUUCGCCAUUAAUGUUGCUAAGCACCUGAUGGAGCGGAAGGCGCCCGGGAGCAUCGUCAUGAUCGGCUCCAUGUCCGGCGCUAUCGUUAAUGUUCCCCAGCCCCAGGCUCCGUACAACGCCGCGAAGGCUGCUGUACGCCACCUUGCUGCUUCGCUCGCUGUGGAGUGGGCCAGUCAUAAUAUCCGUGUUAACUGCAUUAGCCCUGGCUAUAUGCUCACUGCUCUAACUCGCAAGAUCCUCGAGGAGAACCCCAAGCUUCGCGACCAGUGGAUCUCCCUCAUUCCUGCCGGCAAGAUGGGUACACCGGAGGACCUGAUGGGUGCUGUGACCUUCCUGCUCAGCGAUGCCUCCAAGUACGUCACUGGGGCGGAUCUCCGCGUUGACGGAGGCUAUACCGUAACCUGA